AUGGCAGCCCUCGACCAUGAGAAGCUAUCGCACUCAACUCAGGCAGGCGUACCCAACACAGAUUCCUCCGGCGAAUUCAACGAGACCGAAGCAGAUCGUGCGGAUAUGGGCCGCUUCGGCAACCCACAACGGCUCCGGAGAAGUCUCAACAGCAGGACCGUGGCCUUCUUCAUGAUCAUGACCAUAAGCUCGUGGGCAUAUGUCUUCAAUGGGGCAUCGUUGGGUUUGUCAUCGGCUGGAACGGCAGACACAAUCACCGUCUACAUGUCUGCAGCUGUGCUCUAUUCCACCAUCGUUGUGUCCAUGGCUGAGCUUGCGAGUAUGGUUCCGUUGGCGGGAGGGCCGUACCAUUGGGUAUACAUGUUGGCUAGUCCAAGGUAUGAAAGCCAGCCGCCUGCAUGA